GAGCCACAUGAGCACGACUGAGAAGGAGAAGAAGAAGAGAGAAAAAAAAAACUGUCCAACCCCUCAGAAGAUUUCCUGUUUCAGGAAAAGUACACACAUACUGUGAGUCAUAUAGGGCAAGUCCUGCCUGGUGUGUUUACUCUGCUCCUUCUUACUCGGAGCUGUGAGGGAGUUCAGAGGAGCAACAGGCGGGCACAAGAAGUCUGGAUGUCUACUCCUUUAAACCUAUUCGUUUAAUUCAUGAGAGAGAAAGGAGCAUACAGUCCGUUUCGAAAUGGAUCUACUUCGGUUUUCCGCUUUCUGGUGUGGAAUGAUACUCUUUGCUAGUCUUCUGCUGGAGGAAACGGAAUCCAGUAUCAUGAAGGUGAGAAGGCUGUGCAAGUUCUGUGACGUGCGGGAAACCGACUGCACGGGCAAAGGGAGGUGCGAGGUGGGCUGUGGCAUCACAUCCAUUUGCCCUAAUGAUGAAGAUGUGUGUGUCAGUAUCUGGAGGAAGAAGGAUGACAACGUCACCUUUGAUACGGUCUGCCACAGCCCGUCACAGAAGCUGUACGGCCUGGUCCUGGAGGAUUACAACAACAGCAAGUGUGAGAUGAAAGAAAGAAAGGGCAUGGGCUCACAGUUCUUUAUCUGCUCCUGCUCCGAGGACGAGUGCAAUGAACACAUCUUCUUUUACUCCCUUCCUUCAGAUAAGGAGUCUCAGGUGGUGGCGGUCAUCUUGGUGAGCCUGGUGCCUCUGCUGGUCAUGGCUGUCUUUGUCAUCACCUCCUUCUAUUGCUACCGGGUCUACCGCCAGAGGCAGGCCAGCUCCAGACGUAAGAAGGGUCUGGACUUCAGCGACGCUCACGCCAUCAUGAUAGACGACGAAGGCUCUGACAGCAGCUCCACGCUCGCCAACAACCUCAACCACAACACCGAGCUGCUGCCUAUCGAACUGGACGUCCAGGUCGGGAAAGGACGCUUUGCAGAGGUUUACAAAGCCAAGCUGAAGCAGGGCUCCUCUGUGAGCGAGGAGCAGCGUUUCGAGACGGUGGCUGUUAAGAUCUUCCAGUACGAGGAGUACGCGUCCUGGAAGAACGAGAAGGACAUUUUCUCCGACGCCGAUUUGAGGCACGAGAAUGUGCUUCACUUCCUGACGGCAGAGGAGAGGAAGGUGCAAAGACAGUACUGGUUGAUCACAGCAUACCAGCCGAGAGGGAACCUCCAGGAAUACUUGAUCCACCAUAUUGUCAGCUGGCACGACCUGUGGCAGCUGGGGGCAUCGCUAGCACAAGGUGUGGCGCACAUCCACAGCGACCUCACGCCCUGCGGGCGCUACAAGGUGCCAAUUGCUCACAGGGACAUCAAGAGCUCCAACAUACUGGUGAAGAGCGACCUGACCUGCUGCCUGUGUGACUUUGGCCUCGCCCUCCGCCUGGACAACACUCUGUCUGUGGAUGAGUUAGCCGACAGUGGACAGGUGGGAACAGCCCGAUACAUGGCUCCAGAGGUGUUGGAGUCCAGAAUCAACCUUGAAAACAUCGAGUGUUUCAAACAGGCGGAUGUUUACUCGAUGGCUCUCGUGCUGUGGGAGAUCAUCUCCAGGUGUAGCGCAAUAGGAGAGGUGAAAGAGUACAUGCCACCCUUUGGGAACCUCAGGGAACACCCGUGUGUGGAGAGCAUGAAGGACAGCGUUCUGCGAGACAGAGGACGACCUGAGAUCCCCGACAGCUGGAUCAACCACACAGGCAUCCAGAUAGUGUGCGCCUCCAUAGACGAGUGCUGGGACCACGACCCAGAGGCCCGUCUCACAGCCCAGUGUGUCGCCGAGCGCUUCAACGACAUGGAGUAUCUGGACAAGCUGUCGGAUCGCUCCGACUCAGAGGAGAAGAUCCCUGAAGAAAUCAUUGUGGUGGAUGAGAAGUAGAGCUUUACAGAGACAUUACAACCAAGUAGCUGGGAAAGGACGCACGUCCAGUGGUCGCAUUGCUUUUGCAUCUGGUUCGUCUGAGAUGUUUUUAAAAGAAGAUGAAACUGGAAAAUCUGAGAUGAAACAGGACUGAGGGCAGAUAUGGACUAACCAGGAUCAACCUGGAUAUGAACUGACUUCGACUGGAUCCUACCAUAACCAAACUUCUAUUGCACUUUACCAACAGCUAUGCACAACAAAUUAUAUAUAUGAAUAGUAAGAACCUUUUUUUAAAUCUUUAAUCUAAGUACUUUUCAGGUAAAGGAAAUAAAGGGACUCUGUAAAGGGAGACAUGCACAUUUUAAAGACGCUAAAGAACACUAAUAACCCUUUGACAGAUUUUAGGACUGGAUACUUUUAUGUCUAUGUGUAUUUCCUUGGUGGCAUUAUAAGUUCUUGUGGCAUGAAAUGGAAAGUAUCCACAACAAAGAAAUAGAAAACCUAUCCAUGGCAGGAACCUGCAGGGAAAGCUGAUAUCAGAUCUCAAGGGCUAUGAAUUGUGAAGUAAAGACAGAAAAACCAGCCUGAAAGGAAAAGUGAACAGAGAUAUAUUCAUGUGUGUGUGUGUGUGUGUGUGUGUGUGUAUGUGUGUGUGUGUGUGUGUGUGUGUGUGUGUGUGUGUGUGUGUGUGUGUGUGUGUGUGCGUGUGCGUGUGCGUGUGCGUGUGUGUUAAAGAAAGCUGAUCCAAAUCUUUUUGUCUGUUAAAUCAGACAAUAAGAGGAAUACAUUAGUGUAUAUUUGAAUUUAAACUGGAAGCUGCAGCCCGCUGCCUACAGUGUAUAAUGCUACAAGCUAAACUUCUUUGUUACAGAAAAAGGAAAUUCUGAUCCAGUGAUCAGAAAAAAAGAUUCAUAUCAUUUUUGUACAAAAGUGUAAAGCCAUAAUUAAAGUAUUACAGUGUACUGUUUAAAUUUGUGGGGUUUUUCAUUGUAUUCUACUGCUUUAAACUGUUUAUUCUCUGCAGAGUGUAUGUGGCAUGAACAGUAGUGACUGUUGACUUUACAUUGUGACCUACUUUCCCAUAACAAUCUGAACUACUUAACAGCUCUGAGCUAUAUAAUUUCAUCUACUCCAACUGUAACAGCUCAAAGAUCCACAUUACUCUCUGUUAUCCCACAAAAAUACUGAACAUAAAGCUUAGUCAUCAUUUUGAUAUUUUUUAAAAUGGAGUCUAAUGAACUGCCUGCAUGGGACGUCAGUUAGCCUAGCUAUUAGGUCUGUCGCCAUGUGUGGAGACUAUUGUCCUCAAAGUGGCCGGCCUGGGUUCAAGUCUGACCCGCAGCUCAUUUACCACCAAGUGGCAACCUCGUGUAUUGAAAAAUGAAGCCAAUGCGGAAGUGCAAACAAACUGCAGUUCCUCAAAUGUCCACUUGAGGCUGACUGCAAAAGCUGUUCACACCCAAUCAGGAAAGCUCAUUUCUACAUCAGAGAUAAACAUGUUCACAGCCUCCAUGUGUUAAAUCUGAAGUACAAUAUCAAAGCACAAGCAUCUCUGUAAAACAGUGAGUGACAUGUACAGAUUAAAAUAUCAGGUUUGUUCAUAUUGAUCCAUCAGUGUGUAGUCUGAAAGAUUCUGUAAUACUGUUUACAUAUGGAGUGAAUUAAAACAGGAUUUUAGAGAUCAAUGGAAUGACUUAAUGGAGUCUGUGUAUGAAAUGUCCACAUUUUAAUACACCUUGUGCAUUGAAAGUACUGUAUGAUAUUAGUCUUGAAAUAGUAGUCUAAUAAAUUACAGGAUGAAUCCCCCCCGCACGAUGACAAGCUUCACAGAAUUAUGAUCAAGGUUGCGGAGCAGGGAGUUGAUGUUCCACUUCUGGCACACUGUGAAGCAAACUUAAAUCAUGUCUACACAAGUAAAGCAUGCAUGCCUAUAAAACAUUUUUCUAGCAUGUAAACCUGUAUAUUCCAUUAUGCAUACUAUAUGCACAGUGCAUGUUGGCACGAUCACUCAUCCCUGCACUGGAAAUGUGUUUCAGUAUGGGGACGCAAAGAUGCUUCAAAAUGUAGCUGUUGUUUUAGGUGUUGUCUUUCAGUGGUGGUAGUGUCGUUGAUUGACAGAUGAAUACUUUGACAUUGACAGUGUGUGUGUGUGUGUGUGUGUGUGUGUGUGUGUGUGUGUGUGUGUGUGUGUGUGUGUGUGUGUGUGUGGUGUGUGUGUGUGGUAAGAGGCUCAUAAAGCAGGGGGAAACAGUGUUUGGCUGUGAGUGUGAAUACAGACAGAAUAUGAUGCUGGCAGACCUUUCAUCCUGAGCCCACAGCUGACUCACACUGAAAAAUGUUUGUAUGUUUGUGGCUCUCUGCCUUCCUGUCUUUGACACUUUUUUGCCUGUUUCUCUGCCAGUCUGUGUGUCUGUUUGUUGAAGGCAGCGGCAGCUUUUUUUCAAUCUGUUUUGCAAUGCAGCUCAGAAAAAGACUUUACAAGAAAGUAGAGCUAUAAAAUCAGCAGGCAGAGAUUUGAACAAUGAAAUAUUUGUACUGUAGAGGUCUGUGUGCUUUGUGUGGUAAUGCAGCAUGUCUAUGUAUCUGUGAUACCCUGAAGCAUCGCAUGCUAUAAGAGAAUUUCUUCUACAUCAAGAUUGCGUCUUAUUAAUUCAGAGAGCAUCAAUGUUUAAAAUGCACGAAGUGUUAAACAAAAGCAUUUGGGAACAGUUGGAAAGUGAUUUAUCAACUACAACAGGCUGCCUUGUCAUCUCACGGGGAGACUUCCAUUGCCCUUCCCACAGCUUACAUGCUCUAUUUACAUAAACUAUGCCAAGGGCCCGCUUGGUGUGGGCAGCACUACAGACAGUGCUGCAGGAUAUUUAAGCUGAUGAUAAAUUAUUUUUAUGUUUUGUAUUGUGAAUGUAUUACCACAGGGAGUAACACAAGUCACAUGUUUCACAAUGAAAUAAUUGGAUGUUAAUUUCCUGAAAAGCAGAAAAAGAAGUUAAGGAGAUUCAUGUUGAAGAAAACGAUUUCUCUAAAAGCCUCCAGGAGACAACACAGUUAUUCUUUAUAUAAUGGAUGGAAACAGUUCAUCGCAGGACUCGGAGACAAUAGAGUGACUUGAGAGAGGGGGGCUGCAUAGUUAGUUACAUUUUGUUUAACAGGGUGUGACAAAUGUAAAUGAAUUACGUGUGAAUGAUGUAGGACACAGAGUCAGUAAACAAUAAUCCUGUUAUUCUUAAUCCUGUCUGCAUGCCAGUUUUCCUCGCAAAUGGAUUCAGUCAACUUUGAAUUUAGGGAAUUGUAGUCACAACAAAGAGAACAAAUAAAUCAAAUUAUGUGAUGCGUCUUUAAA